AUGAUUUCUGGAAUCUCUUAAUAAUCUAAAUCUAAUUUAACCUCCAAUCAAGAUGAUAGCUCUUACUAAACUGAAUUCCAUCUUCAACCUACAGAAGAGGGAAUUUUUAAAUCUAAGUAAAUCAGAUAAAGAAGAAAAACUAUACAAUAUGGAUAGAAAGAUCGAAGCAGCGCUAUUUAUAAAUACCUCAAAGAGAAGCAAAAGGCCUUUCUUGAUUACAAGCCUCGUGCUUAAAUUUCGUAAUUCUCUGCUGAAGAAGACAGAAUUCUAAUCUUGCUUGUCAAAAAACUAGGACCUAAGUUUAAUAAAAUAACAAGGUAUUUCUCUGGAAAAACAGUCAAUAUGAUUAAAAACAGAUACUAUAAGAGUCUACGAUACAUAGAAUCUCAAGAAAUUCCAAAAGAAAUAGAAGAAGAACUUCUAUCAAACAAAAAUGAUUAAAGAAUUAUUGGUAGGAAAAUCCUUAAUUUAUGGCCUCAACAUAAAUAAAUGAGCUCUGUGAUAGAGAACAGCCCUCUCUUCCCAGAAGCAAAGGAAAUUCUACACACAUUCUUGAGUUCAUUUUAAUAACUCAUUAGCAAUAUGCAAAAAUGA